CGCGGAGUCGUUUCUAACACUAGCAUCGCACGAGGACUGCGAGUGCCGUGAUAUUGCGAGUAUUGGAAGAGAAAAUUCGCGAGCCACAAUGAGCGAGCCUCAGUGUAAGAGAACCAAGAUGACGAGCACGUUGGACCAACUGAAGGCGAUGACGACCGUAGUCGCCGAUACCGGCGACUUCGAGGGUGAGUAUGAUAGCCCACAGCUACAUCGCCGCUGUUGUUGUCUACUUGCUCGAUUUUGCAAUAUCGAGUCGUUUUGCGAAUAAGGAUUGAAUUUGUUUGCUUUUAUUAUUCGAAUGUCAAAACCGAAACUUCCUUUCGAAAGUCGUGCAAGUGAACGUACACACCAGUGGACGCAAGCGCGAGAUGUGCGUGUUACAGGCGGGCAGAGGGGGAAUAGCGCGCGAUCUUGCGCGAGCAAACGAGCGACUCGACUUUUUUUAUGCCAGUUGAUCGGAAAUAGAUACUUGGAGACGUGUGUGCAAUGCAUAUAUGUAUACAGUCGAUGGUCUUUCCGGAAAACCGCUUUUCGUGGCUCGUCACGAAUUCGAAUUCGAAUCGAGCCGUUCGGACCGAACGGAGAAUUCCAUUGACUCGCGCGGAUUUAACUUUUAAAUGCAUAGACGAAGCAAAUGACUAGGGGGAAAUAUACUCCGUUUUACAAUCGUAUUACAAUCGUAUCCCAAGGCUCCGAUAUGACGCGAUGGUUUUCUGCCGAGUCGAUCGUUCGCUUUACAAGUAUUUUCGCGAUUUCUCCUCCGAGUGCGUGUAUUAAUGCUACGUUACGAUGCCGGUUAUAUAUGUGUAUUAUACGUUCUACACUGUUGUCGAAAGCGUUGGCAUUGGAAAAUUUUUCACGACGUUGCGUAACUGUUUUUCUCCUCAAGCGGUGCGCCAAACUUUUUAGAUGUGAUAUAUCUUUAGAAAGUUUGCGGUCUUGAACUUCCUUGUUUGGCGGAUCGUUCGAUUAUUCUGACCUCGGGACAAUUAUUCGAUAAUGAUAAAUAAUUAUAAUUGCUGUGUAUCGUUACUUAUACACAGUGCAAUACUAACGUUAUAGAACACACAAGCAUCGAUUAUUUCGAAACGCGAGCAACUUCUAAUUCAACGAUCGAGUUUUAAAUUCGAAUCGUCGGCGUUUUGAAAAAUUCAAAGAACAAUUCAGUAGACGCCGUGUAUAAUAUACCUGCACUGACGGCAGCGCAUGACGCGGCAUUUAUUUAGCAACUCGUGGAAUAAGAGACUUUUUUUGCAAAAAAAAAUCUACAUCUAUUCGUUUACAGCCACACAUUCUUUCCAUACGCAACUUUGCGCCUUUCGCCGAUCGACCGCUAUGAGAUGGCGCGAGUAGCGCGUUAUCAGAAAUGCGUCAAAAUGUCAUGAGGCCGCGUGAGCAAUAAAACGAUAAUGCGUGCGCCGUGCUUAUCGCUUCGUUUUCCAAGAGCGCGUGCUUUUAGGAGACGCGCCGCGCUGAGAUUGCGAUCAGGUGCGACCUUUGACAUUGGGGCCGGUCGAACCGUGCGAUUAUUGCACACCAUGUGGUGAAGAAUUGUUGCUCUAUGGAGCAGUUCAAGCCAACGGACGCCACGACCAAUCCCUCCCUGAUCUUGGCCGCGGCGAAUCAAAAGAAGUACGCUCACCUCAUCGACAAGGCGGUGCACUUCGGCAAAAAGACCGGAUCGACCCUCAAAGAACAAGUCGAGACGGCGCUGGACUACACCUGCGUCCUUUUCGGCCAGGAGAUCCUCAAGAUCGUUCCAGGUCGCGUCUCGACGGAAGUCGAUGCCCGUCUUUCUUUCGACAAAGAGGCUAGUAUUCAAAAGGCCAGGAAACUUAUCGCCAUCUACGAGGAAGCCGGUAUCAGCAAAGAACGCGUUCUCAUCAAGCUCGCUUCCACUUGGGAAGGCAUUCAGGCUGCCAAAGAACUCGAGGAGAAGUACGGAAUCCACUGUAACUUGACGCUUCUCUUCUCGUUCGCCCAGGCUGUCGCUUGCGCCGAAGCUGGAGUUACUCUUAUUUCUCCGUUUGUUGGCAGAAUUCUCGACUGGUAUGUCGCUAAUACCGACAAAAAGACUUACGAAGGAAAGGAGGAUCCAGGUGUCAUUUCGGUUACUAAAAUAUACAACUACUACAAGAAGUUUGGUUACAACACCGUCGUCAUGGGAGCUUCCUUCAGGAAUGUUGAUGAAAUCAAGGCCCUCGCCGGUUGCGACUUCCUGACCAUCAGCCCGAAGCUCCUGGAAGAGCUGGGAAAGAGCACCGAACCACUUGCCAAAGUCCUCACGUUCGAAUCAGCGCAGAAGUCUGACCUGCAGAAGAUCAGUCUCGAUGAGGCUGCCUUCAGAUGGCACCUUAACGAAAAUCAAAUGGCCACGGACAAACUCAGCGACGGCAUUCGCAAAUUUGCCGUCGAUAUGCGCAAGCUUGAGAAACUCUUGCAAGAAAAGAUUCAAGCUUAAAAGUGUACAAAGCGGCAACGAAGUGAAGUAAUUGUGUAAAAAAUACUUACUGUUAAUCAUGUCGAAAGACUUGAAUAUUUGUGAAUACCAAUAAGCAAAAAUGUUUAAAAUAAGCUUUUUGGACUUUUUACAUGAAAUUUUAGCUAUGCGCAUUUAUUGUAUAUAUACGUUGUAUAUUGUACAAAAUCAACUAAGCGUUCUUGAAUUUUUAAACGUCUACUAUAUUAAGAUUCUUUCAUCAAUAUACGAAUUAUUUAAUAAAUUGUCCUUUUCUCCUUAAAA